CAUCUCUUCCGCCUCUGGCCAAAGGCCACCGAUGGGCCAAAAAGGCACCACUUCUGCCAGGUCAGCGUCUACCAAGUGCUGGAGAAGAGCGAGCCGGAUGCCCCCGGAGGGAAGAAGCUGCUGGCAGCCAGGCUGGUCUCGCUGCAGGGCUCGGGCUGGGAGGUCUUUGCCAUCACACAGGCUGUUCGUGACUGGACCGAAGACGAAAGCAGCAACCAGGGUUUGCUGGUGACAGUCCAGGGCCUGGGCGGGAGCCCACUUGACCCCCCACCGCUGCAGUUCGCAUCCAGCAGGGACCACCACGAGAGCAAGAAGCCCAUGUUGGUCCUGUUCACGGACGAUGGGCGCCGGGGAGCGUCCCUGCCCAUGGCUGGCUUCCCAGAUUUACAGCCUCAGGCUCCCCUCCUCCCUGCUAAGAUGUCAGUGCCCAAGCCGGCUGGGCCACGCAGCACACGCUCACUGGACCGGCUCCAGCCCUGCCAGAGGCAUCCCUUGUCUGUGGACUUCGAGGAGAUCGGCUGGUCCGGCUGGAUCAUCUCACCGCGGGGAUACAACGCCUACCACUGCAAGGGCUCCUGCCCCUUCCCGCUGGGUGAGAACAUGCGGCCGACGAACCAUGCCACGGUGCAGUCCAUCAUCAACGCCCUCAAGCUGAGCGAUGGCGUCAGCAGCCCCUGCUGCGUGCCCGACAAGCUCUACUCCAUCAACCUCCUCUACUUUGAUGAUGAUGAGAACGUGGUCCUCAAGCAGUACGAUGACAUGGUGGCCGGGAGCUGCGGCUGCCCCAAGGAGGAGCAGGAAGGUGGAAACGCUGCCGCGGUGGAGGCUGCUCCUGCUCCCUCCAGAGUAUCUCUGCAGGGGUCUCUCUCCCAGAAAACCCUCUAAAAGAGACUGGGGUGAGCAAAGCAAGAGGGUGCCCAGCUCUGCCCUGGGUGGUGGCACCCCC